AUGACGCCUCCUCAUCCUUCUCAGCCUCGGGAAUGGGUCUUUAUCACCACCUCCCCCACUCACCGACAUCCGGACAAAUCCCAACGUUCCAGAGCGCGACGGCGGGUCAUGCGCGAGAUCGGAUACGCCCGUCGCAAGGCGCACGCUCAAGCUGUACCUGGGGAAGAAUAUGAAACGCAGCUCAUUACGAGGGGUGCGAUUCAAAUGUCAUCUGCUCUAGCUGCUCCUGUUGUUAGCCCUGCACCUGCACUCAGCUCGCUCGCUCUGGAUCGUGAAUCGCGAUGGCUCCUUCACCAUAUGUUUUCGGACACCAACUCAAACCAGUCUCGCAUAUACAGGGACCGCUGGUAUCCAAUAUGCCUGACCAAUGCGGCUGCCUUCAACCAGAUGCUUGCUACAUACGCGACCCACGUUGCUCAGGGCCGGGUAGAAUACGAACUGAAGCCCUUCAUACUCUCAAGCCAUACAAAAGCGCUUUCAGGAGUCCGACUCUCUCUGGCCUCUUCAUCAAUGUUCGACAAGCAUAUGUUAAAUGGUGCAGUCAGCGCAAUCGCUGCUUUGGCUUGCUACUCCCAUCUCGAAGGGGAUGCACUGUCAUGGAAGCUGCAUAUUACGGCUGUUGCUCGGCUCGUUGAAGAGUCUGGACUCGCAGUCAAAGAACUAGAUCAAAAGGGUGGAAUCAAUUGGUUCCUAUGCUUUCGACGCCCGUCCAGAGCUAAGGGAUCUCAAGGCUCGAGAGCCAUAUCACAUCAGCCCACCCGACUCGACGUCUCCUUGCUUCAGCGGUAUCGAUCUUCCUCUAUCCUUGUUGUCCGCUUUCCGAGCCUUACAAGAAACCAACAAACAGCUGUCAAUGCGGCAGGCAUCCUUUGGCGAAGCUAUCUGGCAGUGCCCGAUAGAGAUCGACCAGCUGAUCCAUCCACUUACAUAUCGAUUUCUUAUGCUGGAUCCUAG